GUACGAGGUCUUGGUGGCAAAGGCAAACUGACCGGAAAAUUAAUUGAUGAUCUAUCAUUAUAUUUUGGUUUGGCAAUACAUCGAAAUUAUAUGGAAUUCAAUUGUUAAUAUGAAGAAAGAAAUAUGGGCCACGCUUUAUCACAAGAUUUCCACGGACGACAACCCGCAGCACGAUAGAUGUCCAGAUGGCGAAAAUUCCUGGUGCUCGUGGAAAAAGGCAAAAUCUCGCAACAAACUCGUCAAUUAUCAACACAAACCAGCAAUGAAAGACGAAGUUUUUAAUGCUGUUAAAUCCAUCUAUGAAGAACUCAGCCAGGAUGAACUAUUAUCACGGUGCUUGGGUGGGUUUACGCAGAACAGCAACGAGUAUUUCAAUUCUGUUCUGUGGGCGCUCGCUCCUAAAACCAUAUCCAGUGGCAAAAAAAUCAUCGAUAUUGCUGCUGAUAUUGCAGUAUGUAAUUUUAAUGAUGGAUUACAGAGCAUCAUGGACAUUAUGCAAACUUUGAACCUACCUAUAAGUCAAAGUUGCUACGAUUUUUGUAUAAAAGCCGAUAAUUAUCGUAUUCAGAGAGCGGAGGUUUCAAUUACUGAAGCUGCUCGAGAGGCUAGAAGAAGUAGUGUUUCUGCUCACAAGCUUGCUAAUGAAGAAGAAAUAGAUGCUGAAGGUAUCCUGUAUGGCGCAGGUAUUGCAGAUUGACGGAGCCACGUAGAAGAAGGAAUUUGACACGCAGACUGACGGUGUUCCUCAAAAGCCGUAUACUUUGGCCCCACCUACAAGAGGCUAUUUUUUACUUUUUUGAUAUUAAAAAUUUUUUUAUUGCAGCUUAAGGUUGUCUUAAUAAAUGGCUAAAACCGA